AUGCAUCCGGGUGCUUUAGGCUACCCUCGGAGCCGAUGGUUGGACGCAGAUCAUCGUGGAAUGAAUAAAUUCUGCGCCGCUGACGAUCCCAACAUGAGCAAGUCUAUAAGUGUCCCCUCGCGCCCUGUGAAGGCAACUAUAGUACGGCCAUCCCUAGGGAUACCGGUGACACAGCACUUCGUUGGUCGCGAAUACACUCUGGAGCGCGUGCAUCAUCUGCCCUGGACGCCAAGUCGGCCAGACUCUCCUAACAUUGUCAGCAUCUAUGCAGCUGGAGGAAUGGGCAAGACUCAGACGGCCAUGGCAUAUUUGCAGAGUUACGGAGAACGCUUCGGCGCUAUACUAGAGGUCGAUGGUACCAGCAACGUAACGUGUUGUGCUAGUUUCCAGAGAAUUCGGGAACUCUUAGCCAAAGAUGACCCGGUUGUCGCACAGGAAUAUCUAGAGUGGAAAUGGGCUAAAAGCAACACGACUUUCCAAAAUGAAGUGGAGUCUGAGUGUGUGAUGGAUUACAGACUUGUGAAAGGUUGGUUGUGGCGGCGGCAGGAUGUACCGUGGCUGCUGCUCUUCGACAACGUCGACGAUCUCGAGAGUUUCGAUGUACGCGAUUUCUUUCCUUGCGAUGUGCAAGAACUCCAGCGGGAAGACUCCAGAGCUCUAUUUCUCAAACAAUUGUCUCUGGAACUCCCGUCAGGGUCAUCAGCAAUGAAACUCCUCGACAGCGUCUUGGACAAACUCGGCGACAUGCCGCUUGCGAUAGCGCAAGCAAGCGCGUACAUAUCACGACGCCUUCUCAUCUUUCGUGGCACACAACAUAAAAUCUUGCAGAGGCUGGAAGAGGAACUGACGACUUACGAAACAGCCUUCUUGGAGCAGUUGGAAAAGCAGUCUGCGUUCGCUCUACGGGGCUACCGCAACGACUCAAUUUUUACGACUUGGGAAGUCUCAUUCCAGACUAUCGAGAGUCAAGACCGAGCAGCAGCAGAACUCCUCCAAUUGAUGGGUUUCCUCAAUCGACGUGACCUGGACCCGAAGAUAUUACGAUACGCAGUCCUACCUACUCAUACUCUUGCACUGUUUUCAAUGCACCCUCAGAUCCACGCUUGGGUACGUUCGAGGCUCGCUCGACCAAUGCAGAUCUAUUAUUCAACACAGGCCAUGCGACUCGUCGAGGCUGGCUGGGUGCUUGGUGUGAACCCACGCUCGCAGACCGAGAACAUUUUCGAGUCCGUCAAAGAGUAUUUCUCUACUGCUACUCUCGAGGAGAAUGCACUACAUCUCAAUCCCGAUGCUCUUCGGGCGAAGACAUGGCCUGAGUGGCUUGAAACAUUCAUUCAGAAAAUGAUGCUUCUCUGGGGCAUCCUAGAUGAUGCUGUUCUAAGCUUGACGAGGCUCCUCAUGCCACCACACUCGCGACUCGUGGCAGUGCCAUGGAGAUAUUCCUAUACCCUCGGGGACAGAGUCGACCACCUUGGCCUAGUUCAAUGGUCUUAUCAAGAAGCCUGUUCUCGCUUACAUUAUCGACAUCCCUUCUCUCUGAAGAUUGUCGGAAGCUACGCCAACAUCCUCUUAGGAGAGGAUGAGUUCUUGCCAAGGCUUGCCGAAGCCUGGUACACGUGGCUUGCCGAAGUUCGUGCUCGAAUGUAUGGUCCAGAACACUCAUCAACUGCAGGAGCGUUGCUUGGUAUUGCAAAACUGCUCAUGUUUGAUGAACGUUACAAAGAGGCAGACGUUCUCUUUAGUAAGGCGUUAACGUUUUGUACAAAAGCGCUUGGUUUUGAAGACAAGCUGACACAAAAUGUUUUUCGGCCGAAAAGAAGAUUGCUAUCGUAUUGGGCGGAUCGCACUGCUGCUUUGAGCUUCGUUCAGGAUCUUUACCAAUCCGGUCACCUCUGUUGUGUUCUCGAGGGCUUCCCUCUUGCAGAGGUCUUUGGUGUUGUCUUCUACCAAGCAUUCGGCCUCAACUCAACGCUGUUUGAGCUAUAUGAAAGGGAUCCCCGUGAUUGUGCAGUCAUUGCUCCGGCCUUGAUGCACUUCCAGUGGACAGAUCUGGUUCCGGACGCCUCGGCUGUAACAUGCAACUUCUCCCUGCCUGGAUGGUGUCAGUGUCUCCACAUCUGGGAUGACUUAUUAAGUAGUAGGUGGACGGAAAAUCCCACCCCAUGCGACUCUCCCGGUUAUGAGAAUGCGACAUGGGGACCAUACGGAGGGUGUCAAGGAGACGAGCACCAGGCACGAGGAUUAUCCGAAAAGUGUGACAUCUGGAUUCAACAAGAAUUGGCGGGCGACGAGUCGAUGGACGCCGCACAACUCUUGUUGAAUGUGCUCCAAGGCCUCGCUGCUGAUUCAUAUCACAUAUCACGUAGCACACGCAGCUCGGGCUUCGAUAGCUGGGCCUGGAUACAGGAUACCGGAUUCGACAUAGUUAUUCGCCAGCUUGAUGCUGGUGAAUGUGAACUGGCAGGGGAACUUGCGACGGCUCUCUACGAGCUGACGUUUCCACGUGACGCGUGUUUUGCUUUUCUGGUAGCUCAAAGCUCUGCAUGUCAGGGGGCUCUAGAAGAGUCGUGCAAAUGGUACCAAGAAGCGGGGGUGGCCAGCGAAACUGCACAAGUCACCUGCAAUGUGAGGUUCAGCGGGGUUCAGUUGAAUACGUGCAUGUUAUCUGUGGCGCACUGGGUACAGGGGAUCUACCAUUGGCUAAGUGGCAACUUCACCCAUGGUCAGGAGCAUGUCCUGAGCGCGCUUAAGGCCGGUGAAUUAUUCGAUUUCGAGGCGGAGUUGAUACUGUACGAUCUCCAGAUGGCUCGUCAGCACUUCGGCAUAUCCGGUGAUGAACUUCGUGUCAUCACUUUCGAGAUGGUGUUCGAAGGCGUAUACUCACCCUUCAUUCAUUAUCAAACUGGGCACUUAGAGAGCGGGAACUGGGCAUGGACCACAGUUUACGAUGAAUUGCUCAGUCUAUAUGGAUCCGAUACAGCCCGCGACUGGAAUGACUGUUUCGGUACAGGGAAUUUUUCAAACCCCUGCAAACGCUUCAAGAACAUUAGGGUCUACAGUACCUCGGAUGCAAGCCAAGAAUAUGCCUGGGAGAUUUUUACAAAUCUGACCGGAAUAUGGUGGCGAAGUUUCUUCGUCGCGGUGCGAUUUCCUCUAUACAUGGAACCUAAACCGGGCAGCGUCUACUCUAGGUUGCGCCCCCUCUAG